GCCCCGCCUCAAGUACCGCGAGAUCUAGCUGCGCGGCUACCAUGGCGGCGGAGUUUGAAGCCCCAGCAGCUUUGGGGACCGUGGAGACUGCUACGCCCUUGGAGCAUGUUGCCGCACAGGUCUCGGCCCCGGAGCCCACCCCCGGGCCGGCGCGGAGCCUGCGGACGGCUCACGACGUCAGCGGCCCGCGGACCCGCACGGGGGACGUGCUGCUGGCCGAGCCCGCGGACUUCGAGUCGCUGCUGCUGUCCCGGCCGGUGCUGGAGGGGCUACGGGCGGCCGGCUUCGAGCGGCCCUCGCCGGUGCAGCUCAAGGCCAUCCCGCUGGGGCGCUGCGGGCUCGAUUUAAUUGUUCAAGCUAAGUCUGGCACUGGGAAAACCUGCGUAUUCUCCACCAUUGCUUUGGACUCUCUCAUUCUUGAAAACUUAAGUACCCAGAUUUUGAUCUUGGCUCCCACAAGAGAAAUUGCUGUACAGAUACAUUCCGUUAUCACAGCCAUUGGAAUAAAAAUGGAAGGCUUAGAGUGUCAUGUCUUUAUUGGAGGGACUCCAUUAUCACAAGACAAAACCAGACUUAAAAAGUGUCAUAUUGCCGUUGGAUCUCCUGGCAGAAUUAAACAACUGAUAGAGCUUGACUACUUGAACCCAGGCAGUAUACGUCUCUUUAUUCUGGAUGAAGCAGAUAAGCUAUUAGAAGAAGGCAGCUUCCAGGAGCAAAUAAAUUGGAUUUAUUCUUCCUUGCCUGCCAGUAAACAGAUGUUGGCAGUAUCAGCAACUUACCCUGAAUUUUUGGCUAAUGCUUUGACAAGGUACAUGCGAGAUCCCACUUUUGUAAGACUAAAUUCCAGUGACCCGAGUCUCAUAGGUUUGAAGCAGUAUUACAAAGUUGUCAGUUCGUACCCUUUGGCCCAUAAGAUUUUUGAGGAAAAGGCUCAGCAUUUACAGGAACUGUUCAGCAGAAUUCCAUUUAAUCAAGCCUUAGUCUUUUCUAAUUUGCACAGCAGAGCACAACAUCUGGCUGACAUCCUUUCUUCUAAAGGCUUUCCUGCAGAGUGCAUUUCAGGCAACAUGAAUCAGAAUCAGCGUCUUGAUGCUAUGGCUAAACUAAAGCAGUUUCAUUGCCGAGUCCUCAUUUCCACAGAUUUGACUUCCCGUGGGAUUGAUGCUGAGAAGGUGAAUCUGGUUGUGAAUCUGGAUGUACCAUUGGAUUGGGAGACAUAUAUGCAUCGGAUUGGCAGAGCUGGCCGUUUUGGUACUUUGGGACUGACAGUGACCUACUGUUGCCGGGGAGAAGAAGAAAAUAUGAUGAUAAAAAUUGCCCAGAAAUGUAAUGUCAACCUUCUGCCUUUACCAGAUCCCAUUCCUCCUGGUCUGAUGGAAGAAUGUUCUGACUGGGAUGUGGAGGGUCGAGCUGCCGUGCAUACACACGGCUUAGUGAGCAUACCUGCCAAGCCCCUAAAAAAACAAAUUCAAAAAAUAGAGAGACCCUCCCAAAGUCAGAAAGCUCACGGUAACCACUUGGCUUCAUCUCGAAAUACUUCCGUGUCUGCGCUAUCAGUCAAAUCAAAAAGUAAUACCAAACAAAAGCUGCCUGUGAAAAGCCACUCGGAGUGUGGAAUUGUAGAAAAGGCGGUGUCACCCAAAGCACUGGGCUGUGCCCCACAGCUGGAAGAGCAAACGAAGACUUCUGUUCAGACCCCUGUCGAAAACUCUAACAACAGUCAGCACCAGGGCAAAGAAGAAUUACCUGUGUCCCUCCCCAAAAUUCCCUGUCUGUCUUCCUUUAAGAUCCAUCUGCCGUGCACUCUGACUUUGGCAGAACUGGUAGAGGACUAUGAACACUAUGUUAAAGAGGGGUUAGAGAAACCCGUGGAAAUCAUCAGGCACUACACAGGCCCUGGGGGUCAGACUGUGCACCCUCAGAAUGGUUUUGUGAGGGAUCGAAUUACUGAAGAGAGAGCGCAGGUAUUGGCCAGUAGUAGCCAGUCUGGAGACUCGGAGAGUGACAGCGAUUCUUACAGCUCGAGGACUUCUUCCCAGAGCAAAGGAAAUAAGUCAUAUGUGGAAGGCUCUUCUGAUACCCAGCUGAAAGACUCGGAGUCUACCCCUGUGGAUGGCCACACCCCUUUGGAACCACCUCUGAAUGGCAAUGACACUCCUAACGUAGAGUAUCGAGAAUCACCUGACAUCCAAGUAAAGACAAGGCAUAAAGAGGGGGCAAACCAGAGAGCCAAGCAGAGCCGGAGAACCCUUCCUAGGCGGUCCUCCUAUCGAUGGCAGACGGAACCCCAGGAAGAUGGUUGGUACGACCACCACAGGGAAACGCAUCUCAGUUUUCCUGGUACCUAUCAGGAUUAUGAGGAGUACUGGAGAGCUUACUACAGGGCCUGGCAGGAAUACUAUACUGCUGCUUCUCAGUCAUAUUAUUGGAAUGCUCAGAGGCAUCCAAGUUGGAUGGUGGCCUAUCACAUGAAUACCAUUUAUCUACAGGAAAUGAUGCGUGGUAACCAGUGACUAGAGGUCACACUUCAGACCAUCCGAAAGUAUCAAUGAGCGAUACCUUUGGAUAGCCAUCCCCCUCGACCUAUAGUAGAAUGGCAUAUAGUGGCAUUUUUGAGGAACUUGAAGUGUUAAGGCUUUCUGCUGGGAUCCAUCUCUUUUUCAGAUUGUUUUGACCUUUGAUUUAUGUCAGGUACAUUACCUUUUUUAAAGAAACUUUGUCAUUCAGAUUCUUGAUGAAUUUUGGGGGACGUAGAGCUAAAGGUCCCAGGGUGCCAUUUUCUAUAAGCCAUUCCAAAAAGAAAUGUUUGAAAAGACUUAUACCACUGCUUACUUUAAAAAAUAAAAACAGUUGCGAUUUGAAAAACGUUAGUUCAUGCCGGGGAGUUCUUUGCAAAAGGCUUGGGCUACAUUUCCAUAGAGGUAUGUUCCUGUAGGAAUUUGUAAUAUGGUAGGUCAGAAAAUCCUCUUUUAGGUUUAGACAAGGAGAAGUAAACAUUGCUUAACACUUCGCCAAAAGUACUCGAUUUGACGCUCUUUGUAUUCAGUAAAACUAUUUGUUACCAGGAAAAAUACAAACUUAGCCAAAAGUGUUGACAUUGUUCAUCUUUUGAGUGUUUUUUGUCUUUAAGAUUGUGAAAGCUGCCCACACCUCCAUAGUACAUUAAAUAGCUAAGGAUCAUUGGUGGCUGUCUUAUUUUUGUUUCUCAGAAAGAGAAGCAACUCAUAAUCUUUAUUAGAUUUUAGAUCCUUUUAUGAAUCUGAUGAAAGCUAUAUAGAUAGUCCCAGAAAAUUUCUCAUUCUAUAAACAAGAAUUGUGUAUGUAAUUUCAAGGGGUUCAUAGACCCCGCCCUGGGCCUAUCUGUGGUUAACUGCCCUACACUGCCAGAGCUGGAACUCAUUCUGUUCAAACUCCUCCCACGAUGUGUCUUAAUCUUGUGUCUUCUAGAAAUUUUUCCCAGUUUUUACCUCUAAUGCUAGGAUCCAAAGGAAACAGUCAUUUUCCUGAGAUGGUACAUCUAUAAAUUAUGAUUUAGAAAAAUAUAAUUGGAAGUUACACAUCCCUUCUUUUCUGUGGCAGUCCUUUUAUGAUUACACAUUUGCUUCCCAAACCUUUCUGUGAGCUGUAUUUGUGGUGAGAGUACCUCUUAUGUAUGGAGAUAUAUAUACACUUUUUAAAAGGAAAGUUCUUUCCUGUGUACAUAUUUGUCUAGGCGGUAUAAUCAUUUUCCCUCAGGACUGUCAGCAAGCAUCCACAGCCGUUGUCAUUUACUGUCUAACAGUCACAUAACACAGUCCUAAACUUCAGUUUAACUUGGAUUCCUGUCAUUUGGGUUGGGCAAUGGUAGGCUUUACUUAUAUGUACCAGUACUGUACAUGUAUUGCCAAAUUAGAAUGAAUUAAUUAACACUAAAUAGCAAAUCCAUGAUUAGGUCCAGUGUGUUACUAAGAAGUAGAGACUUUAAUUACACAUUUAAAUAAAAUCUUGUCAUUUCUGUA